AUGCAGCCGAAUAGCGCUAUCAGUCAUCAUGGGCGCCAGACGCUCGAGUCGCUGUACCCACAGGCCCGGAAGCUCCAAUUUGAGCUCAAGAUGCAGAUGAGCUACUUGGAUACUGGUCGCACGGGCGGCGCGACGAACGAGGGACUGCAGGCCGAAGCCCGUGCGAAUUUGAGCACAUUAGAGCAGCUCCAGUGGCAAUUGGACUCGCUGCUGCAGCAAAGCCGCGACGCUGCGGCAAUCGACACGUGGACAAAGAAGCUGCAGCAGCUGCGGAGCGAGACGCGGGCACUGGGCAGCACUUUGGAGCAACAGGUCUAUAGCAGCAGUCGACGGGCGAUGGAGGCGCGCGAGCGGGAGAGUCUCAUGAACAGACGCAAUGGCGGCUUUGAUAGUGGCAAUGGCGCGCUCUACGCGGCGCAAGAGUCGGAGAGUUUGCAGCGAUCGUCGCAAAUGGUCUCGGACUUGACGAGUCUAUCGCAGUCGAUCUUAGGCGAUCUCAGCGAGCAACGCAGUCGACUCAAGAACGUCCGCACGAAGCUGCUGGAUGUUGCAAAUUGGUUGGGUCUCUCGAGCUCGCUCUUGCGCGUGAUUGAGCGACGCGACACGGUGGACUUUUGGAUCGUCAUCGGCGGCAUGUUCGUGACACUCGCGUUCUUCUUUCUGUGCUAUACGUACGCCACCUCAACCUAA